GACGUCUGUUCAUUGGUACAACAAUAAUCCCGCUGUGUGGGCCUCUCAGUUCACGUUAGACUGGUAGGAACUGCGAGUUUACGGACAGAUCCCUUUGCUCUGGUCAUCACACAAAGGGAUACCUCAGCUUGAGUCUGUAUUGUGUCCAGACCUCACCUGCACGUUUGUCAGUGCACACUCUUGAGCAUUGACCAUGGAGGCGGAGAAUGAUCCCAUGGAGGGUGAGGCGCAAGAGGAGGAGACUACUGCUAGCAACACAGAGAACAGAAAUGGUAAACGUCAAGCAGAAGAUGCUGAGGAGCAGCAGUCCACCAAGCGCCCCAGAAACUCAGAAGACACAGUGGAACUGCGGAUACUGCUGCAGAGCAAGAAUGCCGGAGCUGUGAUUGGAAAGGGAGGGAAAAACAUCAAAGCCCUUCGCACAGAUUACAAUGCCAGUGUGUCAGUUCCAGACAGCAGCGGGCCCGAGCGCAUCCUGAGCAUCAGUGCAGACAUCCCAACCGUAGGCGAGAUCCUGCUGAAGAUUAUCCCCACGCUGGAAGAGUACCAGCACCAUAAGGGCAUGGACUUUGACUGUGAGCUGCGGCUGCUGAUCCACCAGAGCCUGGCAGGAAGCAUCAUCGGGGUGAAGGGAGCCAAGAUUAAAGAGCUCAGAGAGAGCACACAGACCACCAUUAAGCUGUUCCAGGAGUGUUGUCCCCAGUCCAGCGACCGUGUGGUGCUGGUGGGCGGGAAAGCUGAGCGUGUGGUGGAGUGCAUCCGCAUCAUGCUGGAGCUCAUUGCUGAGGCUCCCAUAAAGGGCCGAGCUCAGCCGUAUGACCCAAACUUCUAUGACGAGUCCUAUGACUACGGCGGCUUCACCAUGCCGUUUGAGGAGCGCAGCGGAGGAGGCCGUCGGCCCAUGGGUGGAGGAGGAGGAGGAGGCGGAGGCGGCGGUGGCAGCGGCAGCGGCUUUCCCUCCAGGGGUGGUCGUGGGGGUGGUGGUUUCGACCGCAUGCCCCCUGGCGGCCGUGGAGGUCAUUCCAUGCCCCCGUCCCGCAGAGAUUACGAUGAUAUGAGUCCGCGGCGUGGACCGCCACCCAUGCCUCCGGGGCGCGGUGGGCGAGGGGGGCGGGCGAGGCCGCAGGGGCACAUGGGCCCCCCGCACCAUAGAAGAGGAGAUGACCACUAUUCCUACGACUCUCCUCGUGGAAACCACGACGACCGACCGAAGAGCGACAGAAGGGGGCGUCCAGCUGAUCGUUAUGGUGGCGACAGUAUGAAUGAUCGGGGCUACAACAACAAUUCUUCUUGGGAUCCCUAUCAGUCUGGUGGUGGUGGAAGAAGUUCCUACAGUGAGAUGGGAGGCCCAGUCGUUACCACACAAGUGACAAUCCCCAAGGAUCUUGCUGGCUCCAUCAUCGGUAAAGGAGGCCAACGCAUCAAACAGAUCCGCCACGAGUCCGGCGCAUCUAUCAAGAUUGAUGAGCCUCUCCCUGGCUCCGACGAUCGCAUCAUCACCAUCACCGGCACGCAGGACCAGAUCCAGAACGCACAGUAUCUGCUACAGAACAGUGCGCUACACCUCCUCGGACAGAACUAGCCCUGAACCCUCUGGACGGUCGAGACGUUCCUCUCUCCCUCUUUCAUUAUUCUCAUCUCUCUCUCCAUCCCUCUCUCUCUCUCUCUCUCCCUCUCCCUCUCUCUUUCUUUCUUUCUCUCUUUCUUUUUCUAAUGUCUUUUUGGCAGGAGGUAGAUUGACUGUUGCACUCCUGCCCCUCCCCUCCUGGUGGGUGGAUUUGUUUUCUUUUUUGGUAUUUUAUUUUUUUAAUCAUUCAAGGGCCAAUUUUAUGUUUGCUCAAGACGGAAGCCCUCCUUGUGUGCGUGUGUGUGCUUUAUUUUUUUUUUCUUAUUUUUUUUUUUCACCCCACACCGCCCUGCAGGCUGUGUGUGUGCGUGCAUGCUUGUGUGCGUGUGUGUGUGUGUGUGGGAGAGAGAGAGAUACAGCCAUGUUUCCCGAUGCAGUUCUGAUUGAUGAAUGAUUUUGGUGUACGGCAAAUUCCGUGUAAAUAUAACCUGGUUCAUUUCUGUAAUGUUACAUGGUGACCUGUAUCCUCAGAUUUUGUCUAGUUUGUAUGUUCCGAGAUGUGUGUGUGUGUGUGUGUGUGUGUGUGUGCGCGUGUGUUGUGAAACUGGUGUCUUUUAAAUCCGAUAUGUGUGUGUAUGUGUGUCGGUCAACUCUGGGCUACCUCCAACCCUCCACUCCCUCCAGUCUCAGAAUGCGUGUGUGUACAUGUAUGUAUACGUGUGUGUGUUUUUAUACUGGUGGCAGCAGCACAAACGCGUCCAGUCGGGUUUAUGGGCAGUGUGAACUUUUGUGUUUUGUUUUUUGUUUUGUUUUGUUUGUUUUUUGUUUUGUUGUUUUCUUUUCUUUUGAGUUUUAUUUUUUUUCCAUUUCAAUUUGUCCUGGCGUGAUAUGCCUCUCCCCAAAAAGAGCUGUAGAAUUUGCUAUUAGACACACAAUAAAGAUGAUGCCACUUUUUACCAGUA